AGGGGGCCACCAGCAGCAGCAGCGCGCGCGAGGAACCGUGGCCCCAGCGAAGGCUGCCUCGGUGGGUCGGUUCCCGGGGGGACGUGUUCCAGCGGGCCAUGACGACGUCCUAGCGGAAGCGCGCGGCAGAGCCUGCAUGGGAUGGCCGACGUGUACUCGCAGGGCAUGCUCAGCGUGCUGGACGACCUCCGGCGGCGACGGGUGUUCACCGACGCCGAGGUCGUCUGCAGCGACGAUGGCAGCCGGUUCCCGGUGCACCAGGUGCUCCUGUACGCCGCCUGCCCGCUGUUCCGGGAGCCGUCACCGGGAGGGAACCAGCUGGGCCCGGCCGGUACCAUCAACGCCGCCGCCGCCGCAGCCGCACCAGGGGUGGCGGCGGCGCUCGCGCCUGGAGAAGAUACAGGCGCAGCCAUAGCCACGACGAAGCAGGGGCAGUCCGCUGCGCCGACAGCGAGCGCCGGCGAUGAGGCGCGCAAGUACCCCGUGGACGGUGUGCGCGGUGACGUCAUGGCCGCCCUGCUGGAGUACGUCUACACCAACAAGGUGUCGCUCAACAGCGACAACGUGCUCAGCAUGCUCCUGGCGGCGCAGCGGUUCCAGAUUGAAAGGAUCGUGCAAAAAUGCCACGAGUUCCUUUCCAAAGACAUCAGCGUAGCCAAUUGCGUUCGCAUAUUGGAGUUCGCCAGGGAACACAAGCACCCCAGCCUCGUCGACAUGGCCGUAAAUUUUAUCUCCGGGAAUUUCAUCGAGGUCGCAAAGAUAAACCAAGAUUUUGACCGUAUCUCCUAUGAUGAUCUCAAGGCUCUGCUAAGCUCUGACGAGCUCAACCUUGCCGAUGAAGGCAAAGCGUUUUCGGCGGCUAUAAAGUGGACCUCAGCUGAUGCCUCAAAUAGGCAUCGCUUCCUACCCAGCCUUCUUAGUGCUAUAAGAUUCGGGCUCUGCAAGGUAUCGUUUCUCCAAGAGGAAGUCUUUCCGCAUCCCAUGCUUGAUGACGUUGACUGCCGCGCUGUACUUGAGCCAGUUCAUGGACUUCUGGAACAACUUGAGCUUCACGAAGGCCCAAGGAUGAUCAACCUCACGCAUCCCAUGCUAAGGCCCAGGAUUCCAAGGGACGUUCUGUUCGUGAUCGGUGGAUGGAGCAAUGGCAGCGCGACGAACCUCGUCGAGUCGUACGACUGCCGCGCCAAUCGGUGGCUAAUAUUUCCCAACGACAGGGACAUCAUGCCUCGUGCCUACCACGGACUUGUCGCGCUGGACGGCCUCAUCUACAUGAUUGGCGGCUUUGACGGCUCCCAGUGCUUCAACUGCGUCCGCUGUUUCAACCCACUCCUGCACCGCUGGACGGAACGGGCAUGCAUGCACGUGGCCCGGUGCUACGUCAGCGUGGCGGUGCUCGACGGCAAAAUCUACGCGCUGGGCGGCUACGACGGCGACCGGCGCACCAACACGGCCGAGCGGUACGACCCGACGGCAAACACGUGGUCGCUCAUCGCCGACAUGAACGACCAGCGCUCGGACGCCUGCGCCACGGUCGUCGACUCGAAGGUGUACAUCGUAGGAGGGUUUACCGGGCAGCAGGUGCUGAACACGGCCGAGUUCUACGACCCCAAGGUGAACGUGUGGACCUACAUCCGGGCCAUGACCGUGCCUCGUAGCGGAGUCCGGGUCAUCAACUACCAGGACACCGUCUACGUGCUCGGGGGCUUCAACGGAACGAACAGGCUCUCCACGGGGGAAAAGUACGACCUUCUGCGAGACCGCUGGCUCGAGCUGCCCAACAUGCACACCCCGAGGAGCAACUUUGCAGUCGCCGUGCUCGACGACCUGCUCUUCGCCAUUGGCGGAUUCAACGGAACGACGACCGUGCCGUUCGUGGAAUGCUACGACUCCAAAACCAACGGCUGGCGGCGGGUCACCGACAUGAACAUCAACCGGAGCGCCCUCGGUGCCUGCGUGGCCGUUAACCUUCCAAACUCCAGGGAGUUCUCUGUUGUAGGUAAUUCGGAGCGCGACAACUGAGCGCAAACGACGUCGCCUGAAUAAAGGAAUCGCUCUGCUUGCAAAACACCUUCGCCUCUUCUGAAGAGGCAAAACUUAAUGGCUCUCUGGUG